GCUGAUAGGAUAGAUAAAGCAGCAUUCAGCAGUGAGGCGCUGGGGAAAGGAGGAGGACAGGAGCUUAUAAGCAACGAAGAGAGAGAGUGCGAGAGAUCCAGAGAAACACAACAAGAUACGGAAGCUGUUAGAAGAAAAACAACAUAUAGAUUUCAUAGAUUUAGACACUUGACCACCUGCUCGUGCUGGCUGUGUGCUGAGAGAAGACUGCAAACGGAUGAAUUCAAAGACGAGAUUGAACGUGAUUGUAUUGUGACCCUGCCGUAGCGGCUCCUCUUCAGCUGGCAGCCCAUUCACAAACAGCGCACCGUUUUAAACGCAAUGACAGGGGAGAUUUUGAGUGACACUCUCUCCGCUCCAUCCUCCCACAUGGAUUGUUUAUUUGAUCUUUGAUUCGAUAGACCCAUGUUGGCCGGAAUCCGGUUCAUCUGGCUGUGCUUGGGAAGCUGAAUAAAGCGAGGAGAUGUGCUAAGGAAAAGCAGACAAGCAAUCAGCGUGAGUGCGGCGUCCGUUUGCACCUGCCACUGAAAAGACAGCUCUGCCAGCACGGCUUUUGUCGCCUGCCUGGCGAAUGAGAGACAGAGGCCUCCCGGCCGAGGGGAAUGGAAUCCAGCCAUGCGGCUCUGACUGGAGUUGUUGUUUGCCUUGUGCUGUCAGUGGGCAGCUACUGCCUGCGCCCGUCCUGCUGCUGCUCCUGACUGUUUCCAGAUAAUCUCAAGAGUGUCGGCUGAAAAUAUUCUCCGCCUGCCUCCGUUCCUUUCCUUCUAGGGUCGUCUUUUCACCUUAAGCCUCUGUUGGGCUAUAGCAAGUGGCAAACAUCUUGCUCAUUAAACCUGCUGGGUGGAUAGAGACUCGGCUUCCCACGGGAUAAACUUCACCGGGUCAAUUUAAGGUAGUCCUGUGCUAAAAGCAUCAAGGAGCCGAACACUUUAGACGGAUUCUGCGUCUCUGGAGGACUGCGCUGGCCUGAAUAGUUUUCUAUUUUCGUCCCCCGAGGUGCCAUUUUUAUCAUUAACUGCCCACCGGUUAUAAAGAGGCUGUCGUUUCCGUAGAAAGGAAGAUAUCGGGGAAUCUCAGAGGAUAGAGGGUGUCAGAGCGAGGUGAAGGAGAGGCACAGGAAUAGAGAUCAGGGUAAAAAAAGGUUUGGAUGUUCGUGGAGGUCACCUGUGCUGGACGGAUGAAUGAAGGAAGAGUUUCGGGAAAAGAGUUUUCCGGUCUUUCCUCACUCUGAGGAAGUGGAGGGGCGAUACAGAGACGUGCUGUUCUGAAAGCUCUCCGCCGGAAGCAGAACAAGAAUGUGUGAAAUGCUCUCCUACUCUUUAUUGACUCCCUCCGUGCCCUCGCGUUGAACUGUAAUCCUCCAGUUUUCAGUUCCUGGAAUACAUUUUGAGAAUUUGUGCUGCCAAUUCAAAGACCGUAUUAUCAUUUUUGCAGAGAUUCCGGCACUUGCAGUUGCACGCAAGACUGUUGUAGCAUGCGGGACAGUCAGUUACUAAUCUUGUAGGAUGAUCACAUCUGUUUUCUUCUGCAUAUGCAGCUGAUGCGUAUGACAUCAGCAAAGCAGGAAGUUCAGAACUGAAUCCCAAAUCCAUAGUUGACGAUCUUUGUCGUAUUAUUUGUGCCUCACAUGGUGAUUCUCAAAUACGGGACUUUAUCCUUAAGCAGGAAAGUGUAACUGAUUUACUAAAGUCGGCAUCCAGGUAUAAGACAGUACAAUGGACGACUCCAGUAUAUUAAGGCGACGAGGCCUCCAGAAGGAGCUGAGUCUUCCCAGAAGAGGCAGUUUCUGUCGGACCAGCAACAGGAAGAGUUUGAUAGUGACAUCCAGCACCUCACCCACUUUGCCUCGCCCCCAUUCACCACUGCAUGGACACCCAGGAAGCAGUCCAUUGGACAGUCCACGCAAUUUCUCACCAAACACUGCUGCCCACUUUUCCUUUGUGCCAGCUCGCAGCCAUGGACACAGGGCUGACAGGACGGACGGGCGUCGCUGGUCACUUGCCUCUCUGCCGUCCUCCGGGUAUGGAACCAACACUCCCAGCUCAACAGUCUCGUCAUCAUGUUCAUCUCAGGAGAAGCUGCACCAGUUGCCCUUCCAGCCCACCGCGGACGAGCUGCACUUCCUCACCAAACACUUCAGUUCAGAGAGCAUCACAGAUGAGGACGGGAGGAGAUCUCCAGCCAUGCGGCCCCGCUCCCGGAGUCUCAGCCCCGGACGCUCACCCAUAUCCUUUGACCAUGAGAUCAUCAUGAUGAACCAUGUUUACAAGGAGCGUUUUCCCAAGGCUACUGCUCAGAUGGAGGAACGUCUGGCUGAAUUCAUAUGCACCUCAGCUCCUGACAAAGUCAUGCCUUUAGCCGACGGCGUCCUGAGCUUCAUCCACCACCAGGUCAUCGAACUGGCCCGUGACUGCCUGGAUAAAUCCCGCGAGGGUCUCAUCACCUCCCGUUACUUCUACGAACUGCAGGAGAACCUUGAGACAUUGCACCAGGAUGCUCAUGAGCGCUCGGAAAGUGGGGAGGUGACUUUUGUCACCCAACUGGUGAAGAGGCUAAUGAUAGUCAUCGCCCGGCCCGCCCGUCUGCUGGAGUGUCUGGAGUUUGAUCCAGAGGAGUUUUACCACCUGUUAGAAGCUGCUGAGGGUCAUGCUAAAGAGGGUCAGGGCAUCAAAUCUGACAUCCCCCGUUACAUCAUCAGCCAGCUGGGCCUCACCAGGGACCCCCUUGAGGAAAUGGCCCAGCUGAGCAGCUAUGAUAGCGGUAACCCUGAAACACCGGAGACAGAAGAAACCACAGACAGUCGAGGAGCCGCUGUACAGCCACCUCAGCCACAACCCAAAACUAAACCUCCUCGUGAGGAAGACUUUGAGACCAUUAAACUCAUCAGUAAUGGAGCAUAUGGGGCUGUGUUUCUGGUGAGGCAUAAGGAGACCCGUCAGCGCUUUGCCAUGAAGAAGAUCAACAAGCAGAACCUGAUCCUGAGGAACCAGAUCCAGCAGGCCUUUGUAGAAAGAGACAUCCUUACAUUUGCAGAGAACCCUUUCGUUGUCAGCAUGUUCUGCUCCUUUGAGACGAGGAGACACCUUUGCAUGGUUAUGGAGUAUGUGGAAGGAGGGGACUGUGCCACCCUCCUGAAGCACAUCGGAGCUCUGCCUGUGGACAUGGCACGCAUGUAUUUUGCUGAAACUGUUCUAGCGCUGGAAUACCUUCACAACUAUGGCAUUGUGCACAGAGACCUCAAACCUGACAAUCUCCUCAUUACAUCAAUGGGACACAUAAAGCUGACAGAUUUUGGCCUGUCCAAGAUUGGUUUAAUGAGUUUAACAACUAAUCUGUAUGAGGGCCACAUCGAAAAAGACGCUCGAGAAUUUCUGGACAAACAGGUGUGUGGAACUCCUGAAUACAUUGCCCCAGAGGUCAUCCUGAGGCAGGGCUAUGGCAAGCCAGUGGACUGGUGGGCCAUGGGAGUCAUCUUGUAUGAGUUUCUGGUGGGCUGUGCUCCUUUUUUUGGAGAUACACCUGAAGAGCUGUUUGGACAAGUCAUCAGUGAUGAGAUUGUCUGGCCAGAGGGUGAUGAAGCUUUACCUCCUGAUGCUGAAGAUCUCAUCUCCAAACUACUGCGGCAAAACCCCCUGGAGCGUCUAGGGACAGGGAGUGCGUUUGAGGUGAAACAGCAUCGCUUCUUUAGUGAUCUGGACUGGAACAGUCUCCUGAGGCAGAAGGCCGAGUUCAUCCCUCAGCUGGAGUCGGAGGAUGACACUAGCUACUUUGACACACGCUCAGAUCGGUAUCAUCAUGUGGACUCGGAGGAGGAAGAUGACACGAAUGAUGAUGACCACCUGGAGAUCCGCCAGUUCUCUUCAUGCUCUCCACGAUUCAGCAAGGUGUACAGUAGUAUGGAGCGUCUCUCCUUACAUGAGGAGAAGCGCACCCCUCCUCCAACUAAGCGCAGUUUAAGCGAAGAGGGAGGAGAGCGGAUUGAUAGUCUCAGUGGCCUGAAGUCCAGAGAUCGAAGCUGGCUGGUAGGCUCGCCUGAAAUCCUAAGAAAGCGUCUAUCUGUUUCCGAGUCCUCUCACACUGAGAGCGACUCCAGUCCUCCUCUGACAGUUCGGCGCCGCUGCUGCUCUGCAAUCAUCGAAAUGCCUCGAUUUGCCAUCUCCAGCGAAGAGGAUGGUGGUGUGUGGGGCAGAAAGACCCCUGUGAGGGGUCCUCGUGGAGAAGAUCUGCCACAGGCCAUACCAGAGCUCCCUGUGGAGAGAGAGCUGAGGCUGGAUGAAUCUCCCACCACACCAGGCUCCACAUCCAGCCAAAUCACCCAAACCACAAUCACACCUGGGAGUUCCAGUGAUGUGUUGGAUCGAACCUCUCGCUUCAGUGCUGAAAGCUCUGAUAACUCCACUCCUAAAGCCAUCAGUGACCUGGCUGCCCGCAGAGCUCGGCACAGACUGCUGUCAGGAGAUGCUGAGAAACACACAUCACGCCCACUCAACAAGGUCAUCAAAUCAGCCUCCGCCACCACCCUGUCGCUCAUGAUUCCUGCUGAUCACCAUGGUGCCACUCCUCUGGCCAGCCCCAUGUCUCCUCACUCUCUCUCAUCCAACCCAUCGUCCCGUGACUCCUCUCCCAGCCGAGACCUGUCCCCGGCCAUCUGCAGCAUUAAACCUGCAAUAGUCAUCCACCGAGCUGGCAAGAAAUAUGGCUUCACCUUGCGGGCCAUUAGGGUUUACAUGGGAGACACAGACAUUUACACUGUGCACCACAUGGUCUGGCAUUUGGAGGAUGGAGGACCUGCUCAUGAAGCUGGACUGAGAGAAGGAGAUCUCAUCACACAUGUUAAUGGAGAGCCAGUCCAUGGACUGGUGCACACAGAAGUUGUGGAACUCAUUCUGAAGAGUGGCAGUAAGGUGUCUAUCUCUGCUACACCUUUUGAGAACACGUCCAUUAAAGUUGGCCCUGCACGCAAGACCAGCCACAAGUCCAAAAUGGCUCGGCGCAAUAAAAAAACUAAAACCAGAGAAGGACAAGACAGUAAGAAGAGAAACUCGCUAUUCCGUAAGAUCACUAAGCAGGCGACUCUUCUUCACACAAGUCGCAGUCUGUCCUCUCUCAACCGCUCAGUUUCAUCUGGCGAGAGUGUCCCGGGAUCUCCUACGCACAUGUCACCUCGAUCACCCACACAGGGCUGUCGUUCUACACCCGAAUCUGCCCACUCAGUCGGUGGGAACUCAUCUCAGAGUAGCUCACCAAGCUCCAGUGUGCCAAACUCUCCGGCUAGUUCGGGUCAGAUCAGACCCAGCUCCUUGCACGGUCUAGCCCCUAAACUGCAGCGGCAGUACCGCUCCCCACGCCGCAAAUCUGCAGGAAACAUCCCUUUAUCCCCACUGGCCCGCACACCAUCUCCAACCCCUCAGAGCAGCUCACCCCAGCGCUCUCCUUCACCGUUGCCAAGCCACGGCCUCAUCACUUCAUCAAUAGGCCAGUCCUUCCCGGUAAAACUCCAUUCUUCACCUCCACUGGUACGACAGAUAUCCCGCCCGAAGAGUGCAGACCCCCCACGGUCUCCUUUGCUCAAACGUGUCCAGUCGGCCGAGAAACUUGCAGCUUCUCUUUCGUCAUCAUCUUCCUCUCCUUCGCCCUCCUCGGCUGCAGACAAAAAGCUGCCAGUUGGCAGCAGCCGCAAACACAGUCUCGAUACCUCACAUUCAGAGUUCAAAAAGGAGAUGCUGCAGCGAGACCCUAGUCUUCAGAGCCUGCAGGAGUCAGCCAGUGAGAAUCUGUUAGGUGGACGAGUUUCCCCUGCAGAGAAGGGAAGCCUUCAGAAAAGUUCGGUUCGCAAACUUGGACGGCAAGAAGGUCCAGAGUCUGGAGCUCUGGGUCUUGUUCCUGGAAAGAGUAAACUUAAAGACAAGCUGUCUGCCAUACGCCAGGAUCGUGCUGAACGCCGCGAGUCUCUUCAAAAACAGGAUGCUAUCCAUGAGGUGGACUCCUCGGAGGAUGAGACGGAUGAAGGAUCAGAAGAUAGCCAGGAUGGACGUCGGCCAACUUAUAUUCCUCCAAGCCAUGUCCUGCGGCCCACUACUGUAGUCGCAUUACCCCAUACCAUCAGGAUGGGACCUGCAGCUCCACCAACAUUGGGUCUGAUACCUUCCACAGUUGCACCCCCAGGCUCACCCCAAUUCGGCCGAGGACUGCAGGUACAAAGCCAAAUUAUCCCUCAAACUUCAACCUCAUCGCCAACGCAAACUGCAGGCAAGUCCUCAGAACUGAAUCCUACAAAACCCCAAACCUCUUCUGUGGUCCAAGACAGCAGUUCAACACUAGAUGAUGAUUCGAAAAAGGGAGAGUCGAGGCCACAGCACUCUCAAUCUAGUGUUAGGCCUUCUCCACCUCAACCCAGCCCUUUAUCCAGCACCUUUUCCACCCACGGUAGUGCCUUCACCUCCGUGAUCAAAGACCCUUUUGUCAAACCAACCCCACCUUAUUUGGAUCGUAGGGCAUCCAAAACGACUAAACCCAGCAGCAAACUGGAUCCAAGCCCUGCUUCUGUGGUAGCCAGGGAGAGCCCCACUGCUACCACGCCAACUGGAGGCGUCACAAAGGAAAUGAAGGAGGCUGACAACCGCAGACAGGCUGCAGCUGCCGCCGCCGCUGCUGGCACAGCAUCCCCAUCCACUCCCUCUGAGAGUGGAAUGGAGAAAGUCGUUUCCCAGCUUGCCACUGUGGCUAAAAGCGUGCUGGGCCCUGUCAAGCUCAACAUCCCAGGAACUAAAGAGACCAUGGAGCGGACAAAGGACCAGCGUCCCCAAGCAGAUGCCAGCCACCCAAAGAUAAAAGAACGUCGUCUGGAGUGUCUGGAUUCUCCGGACCGGAUGAGUGGAUCUGCUGGUUCUGGCUCUCACUCUCCACGGCUGACUGAAUCCCCUUCUAAACAAACACCAACCACCAAAUCUGAGCCAACCUCAUCUUCUCAAAGAUCUGUAGACGUUCCAGGGACUUCCAAAAAGCCAACUCAAUCAAGUGGCGAAGAGCAACCGGACAGAUCAGGGACUUCGCGAAGUGGUACAACACCGAGUUCUAGGUUGGAAGUGCAGUCGCAGACCCAGGCAAAGCCAAGUUCCACUAAAUCUAACAAGACGACGUAGCAAGAGCUACGUUCCCCCAGCUUUAAGUAAUUUAGCUCGCCUGCUAACAGACAAACACACGUUGUAACACAAGGCAGUUGAUCUGUUUAAUGUCAGUAUCCCUGUGAAAAGAGUGGAAAUAAUGUAGAUGAGCUCAACCGCUUCAUUUCAGAAUGUUUUAUGCCCUGCCAUUCACAAAAUAUUUAAGGCUGUGUAAUUAUUUCGCAUUUCUUGUUAUUCCUUUUUUUCUUAGCAGCUAUAAAAUCUGUAGAUGUACUUGGUUCUGUACGCUGAGAGACAGAAAUCAUACCCACAUAGAGUAUAUUACCUCUUCACAAAAUUUCAAUAUUCUUUCAAGUCUCCGUAGUAGGUAUAGUUGUGCCUUAAAGCAACACCUCAAAAUUUCACCCGUACAUGUCUCUUUGCCUCUUCAUCUUUGGAGGAAGACAUAUUGCAGCAAUAAGAGUAGCGAAUGUUGAGCAAUUUUACAAAAUCAUGAUACCUCUGUUUUGCAAACUCCAUUUUCCAACAUUCUUGCACUUGUGGGUUUUCAUGUAUCGAACAGCGUUGAGACCCCCCUCAUGGCACAGCCAUCAGAUGUAUAAUGUGGUAGAACAAUGGCCAUAGAUUGCAUGUAUUAAGUAUUUAAACGUUACUCAAUGUUUGUAAGCAAAACUAUAGAUACAAUUUGGGAAGGUGUGAUCUUUGGCCAUCAUUCACAUUCCACUAAAGUUGUGUCAGUCUGAUUUUACGCAAAAGCAAGUUAUUUGCACAUCAUUAUUUUGUAGAUCAAGUGUUUUUUUUUCCCAUUUGGCUUCGGGGCGUUUUUCAAAAUUUUAAGUGGACCACUGUUUUUAUUUCUUACCCACUCCCUAUAUAUUUUAUUAUCUGGACCAAUUUACUGUUGUUUCUGUGUUUUGUUUGGGGGGACAUACUCAUACUGGACUGUGUUUGUGUGAGUGUGUGUGUGUGUGUGCCUGUGUAUAUAAAAGCAUGUGUGUUUGUGUGGGUUCUUAUACAACGAAUAUUUAAAAAAAAUGUUGUGUCAGUUUUAUGCCCUACAGUAUGGGAGUGUUUUUAAAUUCAGCCCUUUGUCAAAGACCAGGCGAAGAUGUAUUUGCACAAACCCUUUUUAUUUUGUGUGUCCCUAAUAUGAAAACCAAUAAAUACAGUAUCCAAUUUGAUCCCAUGCCUGGUUGGGGUCUUGAGGGGUUCACUGCAGUACCUUGCAGUAUAAUCUUGACAUACAGAUGUGUUAACAGCACUAUGUAUUUCGAGUGAUUUGAGUGUGUCCUCCUACUCCUGUGGAACAUAUAGAGGUCAUUUAGAUUUUCAUUUCGAAUCAAAACUGCUUUGCUUAACAGUCUGUGUUGUUUUUACGCCAAGUUCGUCGCACAAUUUAAGCUCGACCUUCAACCCAUGCUCAUGGUACAAAAGUAAUCUUGUCGCCAAUCUUCUAAGUAGAGCUAUUUCCAGCACAUCUUGAUCUUGAUCUUGUCCUUAUCAAAAACGUCUAGUGAAUUUCAUUAGUCUAUGUGACUGAUUGUGACCAGAGUCACAUGAUGAUGGUAUGUACAGUUAUGAUAUAUAAUCUUAUUCAUGUUUUUUCAAUAUAAAAUGUGAAUGGAUAUCUUGCACAUUUAAGCGUCUUGGUUGAAACCCAAAGGAAUGGAGCUGUUGAUAGCAUUGCAGCCUGAAGCUCAAUUCCUAAUGAAAGUGAACUGGGCACCAUGAGGAGUGAGAAAAAUGCACUUGUAAAAUAAAUGGUAUUUGCUAGAAGUGGGCGGUCAGGUUUAAAAUAGUGUUUGCACUGUUGCGUCUAGAGAUCAUCGACCCGUGUUGCACCCCAGUGGUCAAGUAGUCACACAGUUUGUCCCCAUAAAAAAGACCAAAGCUAAUCCAUUCUGUCUACAAGAGAUGACCUACAGUACGACUCAAUCUCACUCCACAGGUAAAAUCAUCAUAUUAAAGUUUAGUCCACAGAGAACUCGAUUUCCAUUUAAACUACAUUUGUAGGGCUUAAAGUGUCACCUUAAAUAUUGUACAUGCGGUACAGCUGAAGAGAUCAUUCUGUAAACAGCGUUCGUAAAUGUGUUGUGUAUUGUCAGUGUCCAGGCACAUAUUGUAGUUUAGAUUAUUGGCGAUGGUGCACGAUGGAGAAUUUACAGGGUGUUAAGACAUUAAGACUGAAAUGUUGUUUACACGUAGUCCCUGAUUAACUACAUCACAUACCCACUGUGCUUUUAAGGAAAACAUUGUAAUUGAUGAAUGCAUUGAAUUCCUCCGUGCUCCCUUUGCUAAAGUCACGAGCUGCCGUGGGCUACGAAAGUGAGCUCUAACUGCCUUCACGCAUACGUGACUGGGAUGAUGAUGAUGGUUGGGCUAUUUGUUGAGGUGAAGUCAGGUGUCAGAAUGCCUGAGGUGGUUAUUCAUCAACGUCCCGCAGCCACAGCAUACACGCGCUGGUGAAAUGUAAUCUCGCACACGUCAUCCAGAGCAAAUUCACCUGCUACCUCUCACCUCUGCCAUGAGCUCUUUACAAAUGAAAACCUUGGAGCACACAUACCUAUACACACUACUUACAUCUUCCCCGUAUAAACACAGCAACCACUAUGUCCAACCACUGCCCUCUUAACACGUCUGUGUGAGCCUAAAUGACAGCACAGAUGGCUCGCUCUUAUGUAAAUAUUUUCAAGUCGUGUACUCCGAGUGUCUUUAAUAUGAAAAGAAGUUAUUCUGUGUGUGUUGGCCACUGCCUUAGACAAUGACGCAUAGAAUGGGAAAAUAUAGAUGAUACGCGAUUUUCAAGAGUUACUAGAGAGAGUAAGUGGUGACACAGUUGUGUUAUGGAUGCAGGGCAUUGUCCAUGUGUCCAUCAGGCUAAAGAAGACAGUGUGGUUUGAACAGACACACGCGAGUAGAGAAACGGGCAAGGAAGAAAACAAUUGCUAGAGAUGAACCAGUGCAAUAUCUUACAAUUUUCUAUUGUGGUAAAAUGCAUGUUUGUUGUUAAUCCUACCUUAUGAAUAAUAAAGAUUUUUUUAAGUAACUUGACAUGAUGUUUGUG